UUCAACGUACCAUUACCUGCUUCUUAUAUACCAGAUAGACAAUCCUCUCUUGUUCGACCAGAAGCUAAACCACCUGUGCCCUCUCGGAUGUCGAGUUUGACGGUUCAACAGCAGCAAGAACAGGACAGGCUAGCGAGAAAUGGCAGCCAGCGUUCUUCAUCGAACAAAUCAGCCGAAAAGAGAACUUCAAUUUGGCAAACGCUUAGGAGAACUUCCACUCAAUCGCAAUCACAUCGUCUUGAGUCACGUAAAAAGAACACUCUCAGUUUGUUUAGCUUCCCAAGGAGAGCCAUCUCUUCUAGUAACUUGCACAAAUCUGCUAUGUCAAAUACACCAAUUUCUCCAACCUCUUCACGCGGAAAUCCAUUCAAUAAGCCUCAGAGAUAUAGUUCUCUGAUUGAGAAAGAUCAAAUACCCACAAUAGACGAGGAUCCUAUCAAAGAUAUCAGAGAUGACUGGGUACCUAUUCAAGCAUGGUUGAGUAAUGUUGAACCAGUGAAUGAAGAAGAUGAAGCUAGAACAACUAAAACGUUCGACAGACAAUCAUUGUCGACUCAGAAUCACGGUUUCUUGACGGACGAUGCUACGGAUUAUAGUUUACAUGGAUUCAAUAGCAUAAUUCGCAAAAAUGAAAAGCGCGGAUCGAUGGACACUCAAACACAAGCGAACCAUACUCCAGAAAACCGAAAUGCUUCUCUAAUUGACUACAAUCCAGAUAAUGAAAUCGAGUUCAUGAAAAAGCAAGACUCUCAACGUAAUAUCGAAAAAAAGAAAACUGAGGAUGCUCAACUUAGUUUCGAUCAAGAGUCAGCUCAUUUCGCUACAUUUGAAGAAUACCAGAAGAUGUACCAAAAGGAGCCAAAUGAUGAGAGCAAUAAACAUCAAACAUCUCAUGAGGACGAUAUUGAGUUAAUUGAGGGAUCCUUGAUUGAUGCACAUAUAGUAAGGAAUGUUAAACCUCAGGAAGAGGAGAUUGAGGAGCUUUCGAUUGAUCAUCAUAAAAUGAAAGAUAAUCAAGAACAUCAAUCUCGGGAUGAGAUUGAAGAGAACCUUGUCAAUGCACAGGUUGUCAAUAUUACUUCAGCUGAGCAACCUCAGGAAGAGGAAGCCAAGGAAAUUGAGAAACGUUCAAUUGAUGAGCAUAUUAUCGAUAACGAAAAACCUGAAGAUGAAAAAGACCAGAUAUUUGAUGACAAAUUAAUCAAAGAAUCUCGGGAAGAGAUUCAUGAACCUUCUGUAGAUAAGCAUGUAAUAAUGGAAGAUCAUGCUUCUGAAAAUGUUGGUAUCAAAGAAAUCAACGAAUCUUUGGUGACGAGCAAUGAAGCUCAACAAUCUCAAGAACAGGAAGAGGAAGUUGAGGAGACGUUACUUGACGAUCAUGUAGACUACGAUAAAUCUCAAAAGCCGGUUGAGGAGCGUUUUAUCAACGCACAACUAAUAGAAAUGAAUGCGCCUCAAGGACGUCAGCAAUCUCAGGAAGAGGAUGUUGACGAACAAUCUAUCGAUGCGCACGUGGUAGAACCAGAGCAAUCUCAUCAACCACAAGAAGUAGAUAUUGAAGACAUUGACGAAGCAGAGGGAUCUCUUGAAGACUUCGUUCAAAGAUCAGAAGACCAACAUUUCAGCCUAAUUUCACCAAGUGAUAGAGCAGAUUUCGAAAGAUUCAACAGAUUGUCUUAUGAGUUAGACAUCGACAGUGGUAAAGAUGAACAAGAGUCUGAUACACCAGAAAUGAUGACUCCAACUGGAACAGAUCUACCACAAUCAACAUUCUCUCAUCAAAUGGAUACCAAAGAUAUCGAAUUAAGUGUAGCCCAAGUACCAAAUGAUGAAGAGCAAUUAUACUCACUAGUUCACCCUUGGUAUUCUCCUCAAAUGCCUUACGCUACACAUACACAACGGCAAUAUGGUGAGAAUUUAGAUGUCAAUAAGAGAAUGACAUUAUUAUACGGUGAUAUACUAAGAGCGGAAGAAGCUGAAAAGCUACACGAGGAUACAGGAUAUUCACCAAAUACAUUACAAUCAACAAACAUACCUUCUUAUAAACAUAAUAGUCACUCUCCUUAUAUCCAAAUGGAAGAAUCAACUGAUGGUGACCUCAUGACAAUUGAGGAUAGCCUUCAAGGAUUCUGCAUUGACAAUGUAAUUGGACAAGCGUAUUAGUUAACGUUUGACUUAUAUCACCAAACUUUUUAUGGAACAAUUCACUCGUUUUUAUUUCCCUUUUUUAGGGUUGUUCCAAACUUAUAGAACAUUUUCGUUGCCAAUUUUAAAGUAAACACCAAUUUAAUAAAGAUUCUCAAGACACGCCGCUCUUAUAAUAAGUAUUAUUUGAACACGAAACACGAUGCCAAAUUAUAUUACAAAUGAUGAUGUAUUUUUAUUCAGCUUCACUUUCUUUAUUGACAUUGUUCAACAUUGUGAAUGCUAAAUUCGUUAUUAAAAUUUCAUCUUGUGACAAAAUAAUUGAUUGUAUAAAAAUAUUCCCA